UAUUGUAAGUUGCAACCAAAUUUCCACUAUAUUAUACAAGGCCCCAAGCUCCGGUAUUGAGCUUUCCGAAUCAAUUAAAGGAAUUAAUUGUCGAUUAUUUUACACUCCAUCGAUCUCAUCCUUGUGUAAAUUAGCUAGAGUGAAGAAUCAUGUCCAGAAUUCAUCCUGAUGAUAUGUUGUUGAAGGAAGAUGCCCAACUACUACGUCCUGCCGUGCUCACCGUGUGGAAGCGAUCUAGCAUGAGUUUCCAGGGAACAGACGGAUUCACUGUUUUCGACCACCAUGGAAGAUUGGCUUUCCGGGUUGACAACUAUUCGAGGAAAAGCUGUUGCAUUACAGGAGGAGGAGGAAGGCUGGUCCUCAUGGACGGUGCUGGGAAAGCUUUGUUAACUUUGAAACCUCAGGUCUUGAGCAUGCAAUAUCAGUGGAAUGCAUACAGAGGAGAAGAUAAAUGCGGAACAAGCAGUCCAAAUUCCAAGGUAUUCUCAAUGAGAAGCGGAUCAAUGCUUUUCCACAGACACAGUAGCAAAGACGACGUGGAGGCAAUUGUUGUGAUGGGACACGGUCAAUCUGAUCAGACACCGGAUUUCAGGAUCGAAGGGUGUUUUAGAAGGCGAAAUUGCAAAAUAAAGAGCAGCACUACUGGACAAAUGGUUGCAAAGAUUGCUAGGAAGAGAGUAAACAACAAGAUAUUGCUUGGGGAUGAUGUCUUCACCCUCGCGGUUCAACCUGGCUUUGACACUCAGCUUGUCAUGGCCUUCGUAAUUAUCUUGGACCGCAUUUGCGGUAAGCCAUUUGCCCCCGUUUUGUGUUCCUAAAAUUUACAUGUACAGAUCGAAACCUAGCUACCUCAUAUCAUCUCAAAACCAUCUACUGCCUGCAUUUAUAAAUCUCUUGGAAAUUAAAUUAAACCACAUGAUCCAGAAAUUAAAAGAUAUAUAUGCAAAAGGCUACGAAUUAAUUAAAGCACGUGAGACGA